AGUGUGCCUGAGAGGACUUGUGGUACCAGCAACCCAGCUGCUCUGGAGGUGACUGAGUUCUUGGCGCAGACAAUCAGCAGUGGCAAGAUUCAUCAACAUGAGCACAGCAGGCAAAGUUAUUAAAUGCAAGGCAGCAGUGCUGUGGGAAGCCAAUAAACCUUUCAGUAUUGAAGAAGUGGAAGUUGCUCCACCAAAAGAACAUGAAGUUCGCAUAAAGGUCGUGGGCACUGGGAUCUGCCGCUCUGAUGACCAUGUGAUAACUGGUGCACUGGUUAUGCCUUUUCCAAUAAUUCUUGGGCAUGAAGCAGCCGGUGUUGUGGAGAGUGUUGGGCAGGGAGUGACUUCAGUCAAACCAGGAGACAAGGUUAUUCCACUCUUUAUUCCACAGUGUGGGGAGUGCAAGAGCUGCUUAAACACCAAGAGUAACCUGUGCAGUAAAACUGACCUUGGUACAAGAGCUGGAUUAAUGCCUGAUGGCACCAGCAGAUUCACCUGUAAAGGAAAAGCAAUUUACCAUUUUCUUGGUACAAGUACCUUCACUGAAUACACAGUAGUGCAUGAAUCUGCUGUGGCCAAAAUCGAUUCUGCUGCUCCUCUGGAAAAAGUUUGUCUAAUUGGCUGUGGAUUUUCAACUGGUUAUGGGGCUGCUGUGCAGACUGCCAAGGUGGAACCAGGCUCCACCUGUGCCAUCUUUGGCCUCGGAGGAGUUGGCCUCUCUGUUGUCAUAGGCUGCAAGGUGGCUGGAGCUUCCCGCAUCAUUGCCGUGGACAUCAACAGCGACAAGUUCUCCAAGGCCAAGGAGCUGGGAGCCACCGACUGCAUCAACCCUAAAGAUUUCAAUAAGCCCAUCCAUGAAGUGUUGAUGGAAAUGUCUGGUGGGGGUGUGGACUACUCCUUUGAGGUCAUUGGCCGUACGGACACCAUGACUGCAGCCUUGGCCUGUUGCCAGCAUAACUACGGAGUCAGUGUGAUUGUGGGAGUGCCCCCUGCAGCACAAAAGAUCACUUUUGAUCCCAUGCUCCUCUUCACUGGUCGCAGCUGGAGAGGCUCCGUCUUUGGAGGCUGGAAGAGUAAAGAUGCAGUUCCCAAACUGGUUGCUGACUACAUGAAGAAAAAGUUUGUUCUGGAUCCAUUAAUAACUCACAUACUACCUUUGACAAAGAUCAAUGAAGGAUUUGAUCUUUUAAGGACAGGAAAGAGCAUCCGCAGUGUCCUGACGUUUUAGGAUUGCCAGACAUUAAACAGCAGAUGGCUCAGCACCAGUAUGAACUUCACCAUCCUCCAAUACAACUUAUAUGAAAUGCAAACCAAGACUUUCCUGAAAGAUCUACCACUUCCCUUGAAUAAAAGGAUCAAGCUCAAACCCCACACUUCAAGCACAGAAUUUAUAAAUGAAACCAUCUUUUUUUCUUCUACCUAUUGCUCCUCAUUCUUGCAUUGUGCUGCAAUUUUUUUUUUUAGCUAGUUAUGAAUUACAGGACUUGCUCCUGUCACGGGUGUUAUAAAAAGUUUGGAUUUUUAAAAAUUACUUAUAAUAUGCAAUCUUUUAUAAGGAAGGAAAUUGUUUCUUUGGGCUUCCAUAACACUGCAAGCUUAAGGAAUUCAUACAUGCAGUUCAACAAACUCUAGAUUAGAACUGUGUAUCCAUCCUGAUUGACUGUAUCAUUCCAAUGCCUAAUGAGCAAGGAAUAAUAUAGCAGAAAUUAAAAUUUAUGGUGAACA